AUGCUUGGGGAGGAGAAAUCCCAAAAGACAUACCCGACAAUUGCCGAGGUAUUGGAUGAACUAAAGAGAAUGACAGAUAUAGGGUUCCCAAUAGCAGCCACGAGCCUUGUGGGUUACCUCAAAAACAUGACCUUAGUUGUAUGCAUGGGAAGGUUGGGAAGUCUCGAGUUAGCCGGUGGUGCUUUGGCUAUAGGCUUCACCAACGUAACUGGUUACUCUGUUCUCUCUGGUCUAGCCAUGGGCAUGGAACCUCUCUGCAGCCAGGCCUUUGGUUCUCGAAAUUUCUCUUUAGUCUCUCUCACAUUACAGAGAACAAUCUUCAUGUUAUUGCUAUUUUCUCUUCCCAUUUGUUUUUUAUGGCUCAACCUUGAAUCUCUCAUGCUUUUCCUUCAUCAGAAUCCAGAUAUAACCCGAGUUGCAAGCCUCUAUUGCCGUUUUGCCAUCCCUGACCUCAUCACCAAUAGCUUUCUUCACCCUCUUCGCAUCUAUUUACGUAGUAAAGGGACAACUUGGCCACUAAUGUGGUGCACUUUACUAGCCAUUCUUCUACACAUUCCCAUCAUCACUACUUUAACAUUCAAACUUCACCUCGGUGUACCCGGAAUUGCUAUUUCAGCUUUUGUUGCAAAUUUCAACACCCUUUUCUUCCUUCUGUUAUACAUGUUCUAUGCACGUGUCCCCAAGGAGUCUCUGUCUAUGCCAUUAAUAAUAAUAUCUCGUCCCCUGUCACAUAAUUUAAGUACCACUAGUAAUAUUGCUACUACAUUACUAGGUAAAGAAUGGGGCAUGUUGAUGAAAUUUUCCAUACAAAGUUGUCUAGCUGUUUGCUUGGAAUGGUGGUGGUACGAGUUCAUGACAAUCUUAGCAGGUUACCUUUAUAACCCUCGUGUUGCUCUAGCCACUGCCGGCAUAGUGAUACAAACAACCUCUCUUUUGUACACUUUGCCGACAGCACUGAGCGCAUCAGUGUCCACGAGAGUAGGCAAUGAACUCGGUUCGUGCCAACCUGAAAGGGCAAGCUUGUCAACGGUGGUAGCCAUAGGAUUAGCACUUGCAAGCUCAAUUUUGGGUUUGUUAUGGACCACAACAGGGAAGGAAAGAUGGGGAAGAGUGUUCACUAGUGAUAAUGAGGUGUUAGAGUUGACCAUGGUUGUGUUACCAAUAAUUGGACUUUGUGAGUUAGCCAAUUGUCCACAAACCACAAGCUGUGGAAUACUUAGAGGAAGUGCUAGGCCUGGUGUUGGGGCUGUUAUAAACUUUUGCUCAUUUUACUUGGUGGGAGCACCUGUGGCUAUAGUCUUGGCCUUUGUUUGGAAACUAGGGAUGGUGGGUCUAUGUUAUGGGUUGCUGGCAGCGCAAAUAGCAUGUGUGGUCUCAAUUUUAGUUGUGGUAUACAAGACUGAUUGGGAAAGGGAGUCAUUGAAAGCCAAAAGCUUGGUGGGAAAGAGUUUAUGUGACACAUUUGCACAUGCAGACCAAACAGUCAAAUGUGAAGAAUAUGUAUUGUCUUUCUCAAGGAGAACAAUUCCGAAAAGUGAAGAAACGACGAAUUGUGUGGAAUGA